AUGACAACGAAUUUCAACACCGAUCUUUUACGAGAUCAAACAUUCGAUCUACUCUCUGGCAUUGCCAAUGAUCCGACUAAAUUCGAAGAGUUCAAUAGCGCUUAUAUGACGAAAAAUCAAGAACGGACCGAUGUAGACAUUCUGAGAAAAUAUACAAGAGACAUUUAUGACAAGAUCAUAUCUUUACAAAUUGUGCAGAUCAACUCCGGAGUUCAAUUAAAAGAUUGUUUUCAUGAAAAACUCGUCAUUAUUUAUUUCUGGGCAUUUUCCGAUAUCCAUUCAUCGAAUAUGUUACAAAAACUAAUCGGAAUUGACAAACGAUAUUCAACUAGCGGUACGGUAAAUGUCCAAUCGAUUGACGUGCUAUCUGGUCGUUUGCUUAUGAAUAACUUUAAUUUAGUUACUAAUCAUUGCUAUGUACAAACAUUUGUGAUUUUUUUGAAUGUUAUUGACGUGUUUUCAAAGGUAACGAUCAUCGGUGUUCAUUCUCCAAAGUAUGAACAUGAGAAAAACAAAGCAAAUGUUCGACAUGCUGUUGAAGAACAAUCGCUUCCAUUUACAGUUGUCAAUGAUAACGGUUUACAAGUAUGGAAACAUGUUGGUUGUCAAGUAUUGCCGACAGUACUUGUUUUUGGACCCGAUGCCUUGCCAAUAUUCAUAUUCGAAGGGGAGAAUCAUAUUCAACAUCUAGAAACUUUUCUUACAUCUGCUCUUACUCAUUAUAAAUCAAGCAUUCGCGCACUACCGAGUACUUCUUCUGCUGUAAAGACGUCUCCCGAAGAUAUGGCAAUGAAUGCUCUGAAACACACGAAAUUUACUUAUCCAAGCCAUUUGUGUGUCACGUCCAAUGGUCAAUUAUGUAUCUCAUUUGCCGGUUCAAAUCAGCUGAUUCUGUGUGAAAUCGAUGGAAAAGUUGUUGAAGUGGUCGGAAAUGGUCAUCCGGGUAUGGCUGAUGGUGAUGUGCAACAAUCAGAAUUUGAUUCCCCUCAUGGAUUAAUAGAAUUCAAUAGUUGUAUCUAUAUUGCUGAUACAAAUAACCAUGCAAUACGUGUGUUUGAUCCAAAUUCACGUCGUGUAUUAACAUUGAUUGGCACAGGUCGUCUGGGUAACGAUAAAGUUGGUGGUCUGAAACGAUCACAACAACCUAUCGCUGCACCAUGGGAUUUGUGCAUUACUGAAUCUCCAUUUGAUCACAAGACAGUAUUACUCAUAUCGAUGGCUGGUCAACAUCAAAUAUGGGCGUAUGCUUUCGAAGAAACUCAGUGGUGGAAUGACGUUAUUCUUCAGAAGAAUUCUUGCAUGGCAAUUAUUGGUAGUGGUGUAGAAGAAAAUCGAAAUGCUUCCGAACCAAUGUCUGCUUGUUUAGCAGCACCGCGCGGUAUAUGCAACGGCCUGAUUCAUGGCGAACCUGUCCUAUUUAUCGCUGAUAGUAACAGCUCAAGCAUUCGUGUUGUCACGCUCAAAAAUGGUAAUGUUACAAAUUUAGUUGGUGGCGACGCUGAUCCUACAAACCUUUCUGUAUUUGGUGACCUCGAUGGAAGCGGUUAUAAUGCUAAAUUACAACAUCCAUUAGGCGUUGCUUUUCAUUAUCCCACCUUACAAUUGUAUCUCACUGAUACAUUCAACAAUAAACUAAAGCGCGUAGAUAUGAACACUCUUGCUUGUUCGAGUUGUUUUGUAACGGAUACUGACACGAAAAAACAACGCGGAGAAAGCAAUUCAGCAAAGUUUAGUGAACCGCAUGGUUUAGCUAUCUUCGAUCAUUUCAUGUAUGUGGCCGAUAAGAAUAACUCACAUAUCAAACGAGUCGAUCUCAACAAUGGUACAAUCGUGCGAUGUCGAUUUAAUAUGAAAGAAACGUUAAACGAAGAAAGAUCAUUCGGUUCGAAACAAGCUUAUUUAACCAUAAAUCUUCCUGAUGGACUUCAACUACGUGAAAGCAACACUGGAACGUGGAGUAUUGAGGAUGAAGAUGGUUUCAAAAUAUGCGAUGGGGAACUAAUGCGGUACGCAUCGGAUCAAAUCCUACUCGAUUAUAUCCCGCGUGAUAAAAAUGUCGCUCAACUUAAGUACGAAUUGGUGGUCUGCGAAGGUGAAAAAUGUUCUAUGAUGAGUGGUGAAGUUCGACCAAUAAACGAAACCGAUUCAGCCGUUGAAUUUCUCAUCAAAAUUGAACAAACAGAUAACGAUUCAAGCUAG